AUUGGGAAAGAUGAUCAUUGGAAUCUCAAUUGGUACUUUUUUGUUGAAGAAGAAAGCAUCUUGGAAUAAUAAAAAAGAAAGAUGCUGGUAUUGGGUUGAGUCAGAAACUAAACAUUACAGGGAACUCAAAUCAGCAAAAACAAUGAAUGAAAAAGGAAUCAUUUGGAACAAAAUCUCCGAUAAACAUCUUAUCGUG